AGUUUGCAUUUUCAUUAGUUAAGAUGAAGCUGACAUCUUAGUGACGGACACAUCUACUUUUUCGCGCCGAAAUACGUUUAUUAAAAGUAACGCCCCUGCACUUCUAUUUUUAUAUAGUUAUAGUGAGAAUACUGAGCUCAAAAUGUCCGCAGGCGGCAAACAAGGCUGCAGGGUGCGCGCCAAGGCGAGGACGCGCUCGUUGCGGGUGCCGAUGCACUUCUCCGUGGGCCGCGUGCGCCGCCUGCUCCGAGAGGGCGAGUGCGCGGAGCGGGUCGUGGCGGACGCGCCGGUGCACCUGGCGGCGGCGAGAGACGCUGCCCAGGACGGGGAGGCGCGCAUCAUUCCGCGCCACGUGCAGCUGGCCAUUCUCAAGAAGUUGCUGGGCAAAGUGACCAUUUCGGCUCGCGGCAUCGUACCCUCCCUCAAAGGCGUGGGGCUGCCGCAGGAACAAUAAAAGUAAAGGUUCAAAUCAAGGAUUCUUUCCCGAGGCACCUAAA